AGCAACAGCAGAUGAUUCCAUCGCGAACCUGCCAGGUUGGGCAGCAGGAGCUCCGGGCGACCCGGGGGAGUUGCGCACGACCAGUGAUAAAAUCGCCUACUUGAGGUCCGAAAUCGACACCACGAAGGACCAGCAAAAAGUGUACUUGCACAUGAUUGAACGCCUGGGCAAGGAGCUCCACCUGCUCACAGAGAAGAACGGCGUACUAGAAAAGCACCUGGUGCGCAAAAAAACGGAAUGUGACAAGAAAAAGGAUCAAGUACAGCUGAUAAAGCAGUUUUUUGUUUUUGGCUCACAGAGGACACCAAGAACGAACUUACACGACUUUUGACUGAUGGAAUCUUCUUGCUAGUAGACAAAGACAACUUGUUGCAUGAGCAUGUAGUUCUUGAACAUGAACGGUAAACGGCAGGACUUAAAAGCACUAUUGCUAGUGCAAUCUUGUCGAUUGGAAGCACGAGAGUCUAUAUGCGAUUCAAUUUGCAUAGAAAUAUCGACGACAGUAUUAGACCACGACAUGAUCACAAUCUUCCUACAUCAACGAACCAGGUUCGCAAGCUAGAGGCGUACCGCGAGUCAGAGGUGAUGUCUUUGUUCGAGAAGACGAAGACGGAGGCGCAGAAAGAGUUUCUGCUGAAGCAGAAUGCUGUGCAAAAAAUGUUCCAGAAGCUGCAGGAAAAGAAAACCACCCUGAAACGCAGGCUGGAUUUUGCGCGCUGGCGGAAAGUAUCAAAUGUAAAAAUGUCUGGGUCUGGAAACUUGUGAUGCAAAAAGUGGAUGAUAGCCGGACUGCAAUACGCAGCUAUACAUCACAAAGUUUUUGGCUGCCAUGUCUGACGUAUUCCGCAUUGCAAACUGCGUUUUUGCAUGACAGGUAAGAGGGUCUUUUCGUGCCUAUGCAACACGGAUUCUCGAAUCAUGCCAGACAAGCAUGACAAAGUUGCGUUCUUCCAGACCCAGAGAGACAUUUUUACAUUUGAUAAAAAGAGGUCGCCAUGGAGGCCGCCAACGAGUCCUUUCACCAACGGGCCGGCAGGUUGCGAAAAAUGUGGGCAAUCGAAAAACUGCAGGCAAAUUAUCUGCAAAAGGUACAAGAACUAUGCAUGGAGAAUUGGCUUUGUCUUUGAUGAUUAAUACUUACUGUUACUUUUGUGUCCUCUGUCACCAGUGAGUCUUGUCGUGAACGGAACCAAAAACAAGGAAGAAGCCCCGUCGAGCUUCGGGAACACGGCAGUGGUCGGCCGCGACUCGGCAACUUCUAUGACCUCCAAAAAACCCAACGGGCACUUUGCAUAUAAAAAAUGGUGAGACAACAAUCUCAAUCACAAUUCCUUGGUCUUGGACCAGGUAGCGAGAGCGAUAUAAAGUGCGAUAUGAUCAUCAACAACAAGGUAAUUUUUUCGCAAGUGGAAAAGUCGCAGGCCACUGAGGAGGGCUUCCAGAAAAUUCGCGAGCUGACCGGUCUGACAGACGUGAUGGAGAUUGUCCACCGCCUGCUGGAUCGGGAUUUGGAUCAGGUCCAGCUGAAGUCCGCCGUGCAAGAAGCGGAGGCGAAGCUGGAGGCCAAAAACGAGGAGAACAUCCGCUUCAAAACCGACGCCGCAGAAGACAACCUGAACGUGUUUUCGUCCUCCGGUGGGGGAACAUCUAUGCCGGGAGCAAGUACUACCCACAGCGCCGCGAGCGCGGGAGGAGGGCAGGGGAGUGGUACUUCCUCGGAAAAUGGGAAUGCUACUGGUGCAGGAGCUGGUGCUUCGGGGAAUUCUAGUACCGCCGUCGUAAAAAGCGC